AUGGCACUACCCAUUGUGAAGAAUACCAUCAAAGAGAUGCUUACAAUUCAUUUAACGUCAUUUGAAAAAUUAGAGAGUUUUAAGAUUGUGGAUAUUGGUUGUGGUUCAGGCCCCAACACUCUGUUAUUUAUGUCAGAGAUUAUCGACACCUUCUACAAUUUGUCCAACCAAAACAACAACCAAUCCCCAGAGAUAUCGAUUUUGUUGAACGAUUUGUACAAAAACGACUUCAAUAACAUUUUUAAUGCACUCCCAUUAUUCUACGAGCAACUUAAGGAGAAAUAUGGACAUGAAUUUAGUCAAAGGUGUUUUAUCUCUGUCGUGGCAUCAUCUUUUUAUGAGAGGGUGCUACCAAGCAAAAGUUUGCAUUUUGUACACUCUUCGAGUAGUCUUCAUUGGCUCUCUCAGGUACCAGAAAAUCUAGACAACAAAGGACAUAUCUACAUGGCAAAAGAUUGGAAAAUGAUCCUUACACUUUUGGGAAGGAGCAUUCCAGAACCAUCUAGCAAUGAUGGUUGUUGCCUUUGGGAAUUAUUGGCUCAAUCACUUCUUGAUAUGGUUUCUCAGGGGCUAGUUAAAAAGGAAGAUGUGGAUUCAUUCAAUUUACCUUUUUAUACUCCUUAUUAUGAUGAAGUGAAGGAAAUAGUUAUGAAAGAGAACUCUUUUGAUCUUGACAAAAUUGAGGUUUACAUGUGCAAUUGGGACCCAAAUGAUGAUGAAGAUGAUUACAACAAUAUAUUUGAUAAAAAGAAAAGUGGAGAAAAUAUAGCCAAACGUAUUAGAGCAGUUUCUGAGUCAAUGUUGGUGACCCAUUUCGGGGAGCUCCCCUUAGACAUGGUGUUCAAGAUAUUUGCAGAGCGAGUAGCUAAUCAUCUCGAAAUGGAGAAGACAAAAUAUACCAACCUCACAAUUUGCCUCAAGAAAAAAUAAGAAAAUGACUCUUAAAUGAAUAUUAUAUAUAUGU